AUGGCGACGGACGAGAUGGCCAAGGGAGAGAAGCCAACGGUGGAGGAAAGCCAGUUGCAAAGCGCCAUCCGAUGUGUUUCCCUCGCCAGCGGCAUCAUCUUGGGCCUUGGAGUCUACGGAGUCCUUCAGGAGCGGAUAAUGUCGGAACCCUACGGAGAGGAGCAGUUUACGACCUCGGUUUUCUUGGUCUUCUGCAACCGAGUGGCGGCCAUCGUGUUCGCACUGGCGAUGGUGGCUGUGAAGGGAGAGAGCUACAAAGCCUCUGUGCCGUUGUGGAAAUACUUCGCCAUCUCGUUGUCCAAUGUGGCUGCGACCUGGUGCCAAUACGAGGCCUUGAAAUAUGUGGCAUUCCCAGUGCAGAUGUUGGGAAAGAGCUUCAAGAUGAUGCCCGUCAUGAUCUGGGGCAUUCUGAUCUCCGGUCAGAAGUACAAAGCCAUGGACUGGCUCAUCGCGGCAGGAGUCACAGGAGGUGUCACUGCAUUUCUGCUGACAGGUGAGACCAAGUCGAAGCAUUCCUCCAAAGAUAGCAGCGUCUAUGGUUUGCUACUCCUGUGCUGCUUCCUUGCAUGCGACGGUUUCACAUCGACUUUUCAGGAAAAAUUGUUCAAGGAGCACAAGACAUCCAAAUACAACCAGAUGCUCUACGUGAACAGCAGCAGUUCGGUGGUGUCCUUUGUGACGCUGAUCGCCAGCAGUGGCCUUUUCCAGGAUGCGGAUGGCGACAAACUCUGCAAAGCACCAAUUCCAGACACUGGUCAAAGACUUGAGGACAUGCUGAUCCGUCUGAGACGGACACCAGGCGCCUCCAUGACGGAGUGGGCGACUCAAGUGCAGGAGACCUACCGUCGUUUGCAAAGGGCGAUGGCUCGACAGCGAAGGGACAGUGAACUUCGCAAAGCUCAACUUGGAAACCCUGGACACACGGCACCAGUGCCGGAACAGACUCAAGAAGCUCAGAGACGUAGGUCAGAUGUGACUUCACCGGCUCAAGAGCGGCAAUCCCACACUCCUACUGGUUCGCAAAGGUUUGGGAAUGAUGGCGAUGACUUCAAUCCCAAUCCUGUGCCUGAAGGCGAUCCAGGUCACGAAGAUGCACCAGAGCCCAAUCCAGAUGGUUAUCAACAAGUUCCCACGUCUGAGACCGGAUCUAACCCGGGCCAUUAUGAGUGGUGGACACGUGCGCAAUGGGAUGAUUGGUAUGCCCAGCGACGUCGUUGGCGUGACAAACCUUCAGACGCCUCAACCAAUGUUUCCUGGGAUGACACUGAUGAUGUCAAAGUUCAAUGGGAACAGUUUGACUAUGGUGAAAUGCAGAUUCUUCCCGAAGAGAUUCUAGGAUGGAUUCUACUGCGACGCAGUGGCCUGCCUGCGAGUGCCAGGCUUUCCAUCUUGUCUGCCAUCAACAACUGUUUGGACUUCUCAGUGAUGGAACGGGCCAUGAGGGAUCAAGAAGAAGAGCUGCUGGUGACUGAGGCCCAGAGAAGCCAUGGAGCAGUUCAGCGGCCUCGGCGUUCCUUUUGGAUUGAGUCUGAAGGUCAAUGGGGUUUGUUAGCGGAGACAGAACUGGAUGAGAUCAAUGAAAACUCCAUUCACUGGGUUGGUGAUCACUUGCCAGCAGAAGUCUAUACUGCAACAGCCCCCGAGCUGACAGAUGAUGAACAAGUCUGGGUGACCCAGCUCCCCAAUGGUCAAGAACUUGAGUGGCAAUGGCAUGAUGAUGAUUUCUAUGCCAUGGAUGUGAACGGAUGUUUUUGGAGCUGGUCAGAGACGAAGACUUGGCUCGACUUUGAGGAGUGCAUGGCGUCAGCUCCAGCAGAUGCCAAGCAGUUUGAAGAGGUCUAUGCGAACUUCCAAGAUCGCAUCCGCACCUGCAAGGGAGGCCACACUAGCUCUGCUCCUACGGGCACUGGUCCUCAACGUCCUGGCAAUCCAGGAUACAAGGGCUGCUUUGUUUGUGGUUCUCGUGAACAUGACUUUCGGACCUGCCCGAAGCGACAGCAGCCCACCGCACCUUCUAGCUCUUCCAGCAGACCUGUGCACUACUCCCACUCCGUGCUCAAUGCUACCAUCUUCAUGGUAUCUGGCGAGACAGAGAAUGUCAUGGGCAUUCCUGAUGAGACCAUUCCUGUUUCUGCUGAAGCGCUUGCGGUUUUGGCUCAGGAGUACCCUGGCCAUGCAGUGAUUGACUCAGGCGCAACUGAACCAAUAGCCUCUUUGGAAGCCUUGGAUGAAAUCAUGCAGUUGCGUAGCGAACGUUUUGGCAGUGAAGAUGUCGUAGUGCACGAGCAGAAGAAGGCACCCAGUGAACUGGGAGUACACGCCAUGGAUGCUCCGGGUGUUCCACUUUUGAUUUCAGUGAAGACCUUGACACGUUUGCAUGCAGUGGUAGAUUUUUCGACAGCGGAGAUUUGCUUCAAGUCCAUUUCCGACAAGGUUUGGAUUCCCCUGAAGCGUGCCAAGAAUGGCCAUCUUUUGCUGAAUCUCACGCAGGCCACUGCACCUUCAGCAGUGGCAAAGGAGAAGCCGAAGGCAAAGCCGAAGACAUCAGCUUCUCGAAAGAACCGGGAGCCCUCCAGCGAACGCUACGACUGGAGCAGGGCGGAAUAUGCCGACCCCCGGGACAGCCGCUGUCAAGGCUUCCCCUGCUGGGGACAGCACCAACCCGAGAAGGAGGGACGAGGAUCUCUCAGCGGCAGGAACGGACAUGCCAAAUGGGAAGUCUGCUCAGUGUGCCGAUUACGCACCCUGUAUGUUCCAACUCAUGGCAGCAAAGGGACAUACAGGAGCGCAGGACCUUUACCUGCGGAUGCUGCACGAGCCAUGGAGAAGGUCAAGGACACCAUCCUCACAGUCCCCGAGGAUCGGGAGACUUUGACCACCAAGGCUGUGGGGAUCAGCGGUGCGAAGGAAUCCCUUUUGAAGAAGCUUGCCAAGUUGGAGAACGAGGAGAAAGCUCUUCAGACCAAAGGAUCCUCACAGGCAACGGCCUCUGCUACACCGCCUCCAAAGACUGUCACCGAGGUUUCCAAGAAAGCGGCGAAGCGAGAUCAGGAGACCACACCGGAGAAGUUGGAGGAGGCUCAUGCUAUGCUUCUGCAAAGUGGCAUGGACUAUAUCGAGGACGCCAACGCCGCCCUUGAUGAGCUCUAUGGCCAGCGUGUGGAACUGAUGGAAAUUUGCUGCCCCACUGACUCCAGACUCACAGAAACCUUUUUGAAAAAGGGCAGAUCCGCUAUACGAAUUGGCCUGCCUGCCUUUGACCUCAAGACCAAAGCAGGCCUCACCGAACUGAAGGGCAUGUUGCGCAAACAUCGGCCGGCGCUGGCGUGGUUCUCUUUGCCAUGUGGGCCCUACAGUCCUUUGCAGACUCUGUUCAACGAGUCCAAUCCUGAGGCGAAAGCCAAAAGUGAAGAGCGGAAAAGACAGUCGCGGAAGUUGAUCCGCAAUGGCAUUGAAGCGGCACGUGAACAGCUUCUACUUGGCGGACAUGUUGGCUGGGAGUGGCCAUCUAACAAUGGUGGAUGGAACCUGCGAGAAAUGAGAGCUUUUCUGAAAGAAUUGGAAGAGCUACAAUGCUAUCACCGAGUGCAUGUGGAUGGAUGUGCCUUUGGACUCCUCAGCGCCAAGGGCAACCCUCUACGAAAGCCAUGGAAAAUUGUUUUGACAAGUGAGACUUUAGCUGCUGCUCUUGGAAGACGGUGUCCAGGUCACUCCUUCCAUGAUGAGUGCAUCGGUGGUGAGGAAGCGAGAAAAUCUGGUUUUUAUCCACAAGCCAUGUGCGAUGCAAUUCAACGUGCAGUUCAUGAGAUGAUCAAUGAGACCCAGCAUGGUGUUUUUGCUGAAGCCUUUCCAGUUUUUGACACAAAGGGGACAGAGUAUGAGCCAAGGAAGGCAGAGUAUGAACCCCUUACAGAGAAUGAGAGAAAGGCGUCACAAAAACUUUUAGACAAGCUGCACCGCAAAACAGGACACCCUUCAAAUACUGCUUUAGCUGCGACCCUACGACACCGUGGGGCACAUCCUGAAGUUUUGGAGAUGGCAAAAAAGCUGUUUUGCGAUGAUUGUCAAGAGUUGCGUAUGGCACCGCUGCAUGACUCUGUUUCUUUGGAAAAGUCAGAGACACUGUGGGAAACCUUGGUGAUUGACAAUGCGGAGUUUCCAGCAGAUGGCAAGGUCAUGCAUUGCCUCAUGAUGAUUGAUGAAGCCUCUCGUUUGCUAUGUCCUCAUUUUCUGUUUGAGCAUUCUGACCAGGAGAAUCGAAACUGCACUGGCCAGGAAGCUGUUGAAGGAAUCCGUGAUUCUUGGAUUCGCCAUUAUGGUGCUCCAGCAUGCAUCCGGCUGGAUCCAGAAGGAGCCUUUCGUUCUGGAGAACUUCAACAAUGGUGCUCAGAGAGAAGCAUAGAGGUGCUUCCGUGCGUUGCGGAGUCUCAUGGUCAAAUAGGAAUCAUAGAGAGGGCAAUUCAAACUGUGAAAGCCACAGUGAGACAGCUGCUGCAGUCCUCAGAGUUUUCACCUUGGGAGGCAGUAGUACACGCAUGUCAAUCACACAAUGAGCUUGACAAGAUAGAAGGCUACACUCCUUAUCAAUGGGCUUUUGGAAGACAACCAACUCAUGCUGGACGUUUUCAUGACAAGAGUUUUGAUGACCCCUUCUGGACAUCAUCAGCAGUCCCGGGCAGCAGCAUGGCAACCAAUCUGAAGCUGAGGGUGCGAGCUCAGCAGACUUUCUUGCGACAACAAGCACAAGAACAAGUGAGUCGUGCUCUCAAUGCGAAGACUCGCAGAAAUCAGAUUUUUCUGCCUGGUGACAUGGUCUACUUCAAGAGAGUGAAACCGCCGGCUCAGCCAGCUGCAGCCACGCGGAUGGGUCACAAGCUAUGGCGAUGGUAUGGUCCAGGUCGAGUCUUGGCUUCGGAAACCAGAAGUGAUGCCUAUGGAUGUGAGCGUAGGCCCACGCAUGUGAUCUGGAUAGUGACGCAUGGAAGAUUGAAACGCUGUUCACCAGACCAGCUGCGUCAUGCUUCAGAACGAGAACGGAUGAUAGCAGAGAACUCACAAUCUCCUAGCACUACAUGGACUUUCCACAGCAUGGCUCAAACUUUGGUGAAGGGUGAGUUUGAAAUCUUGGAUCAAAAUGUUUUUCCUGGUGAUGGUGAGCGAAUGGCAGCGCCAAGAACUCCACGAGCACGAUCUCUCAGCCGUCCUCGUGGAGAUGUUGCUCAGCCUGCGUCAGUUAGGAGUAGGUCUGUUCCAAGAAGCCAAGAGCUAACAAAGACCUCACAAAAAUUUGUUGAGACCGGGGCCAGCGGUGAAGAGGCACACCAGAAAGCUGACCCCGGAAAUAUGACCCUUCAAGAACUUUUGGACCAGGAUGACAGCGGUGGAAGGGCACACCAAAAAGCUGCAUCCAAGAAAACAAACAAAAGCCAAUUAGAAGGGCAACAAGACGGGAGAGACCACAAACUGGCUAAGGUAACACCAGGAGUUAGUAGUAGGUCUAGGGCCCGUAGUUCAGAUCCUAGCAGCGUCCCCACAAGUGGUGUACGCUUAGAAAGUCUUGAUGGCAUCGAUCUGGAACGCUAUCUGCGUGAUCCUGCGUAUGAGCCAACUCCAAGUGCCGUGGUGAAAGAGCGCCCAACUUCUGAUCUUUUUCAACAACCUUUGUUCAAGAAGCAACGCAAAGAGCAUUUUGGAGAUGAUGAUCCUUUUGCUGGCUAUGUUGCACAGAACAAAGUUGAGUGGCAUCCUAAGAUGGUGUGUACUUUGGAAUUGCCUCUGCCUGAGACCUCUAGGGAGUGGAAGCGUCUGAAACGUGAGCCUCAAUCCUUCUUCGUGAAGAAAGUUCGAAGUGCAGAAGUGAAAUGGCAUCUUCUCUCUCCAGAAAAGAAGGAGGCAUUUCAGGCGGCAAAGCAGGCAGAGGUGGACCAAUGGAUUCAAGCAGAAGCUGUCAAGAGGGCAGUGGGACCAAUUCCAAAAGGGCGAACUCUGAAAACACGGUGGGUGCUCACCUACAAGGAGAGCGGCGCACCAAAAGCUCGAAUAGUGCUGAUUGGAUACCAGGACCCAGACCUGGAGUCGCUCCAGUCUAGUGCACCGACCAUGUCUCGGAGGACAAGACAGGUGGCCCUCCAGUAUUCUUCAGUGAGACAAUGGCGCCUUCUCAAGGCCGACGUCAAAGCCGCCUUCCUACAGGGCGAAGCCACUGAAAAGGACCGACUGGUCUAUGCUUUGCCAGUACCCGAACUGGCAGCUGCGCUUGGUGUGAGCCCCAAUGAAGCCGUUCAGGUUCUCAAGGCAUGCUAUGGUCUGGUGACAGCACCAGCCCGAUGGUUUCAAUGCAUUUCCAAGACCCUGAAAGAACUUGGCUUCCACCAGUGCAAGAGCGACCCAUGUCUAUGGAUUUUUCUUUGCGCGGAUGAACGAGGUGAGAUGCAGACCCAGGGUUACAUAUGUUCUCAUGUGGAUGAUUUCAUCAUUUCUGGCAAUAAGCAGUGCGAAGAAUGGUGCAAAGCCUUGGAAGAUUUUCAUGGGCGCUUUAGAUGGAGCCCGUGGGAAGCCCAGUCAUUUCUCCAUUGCGGCAUUCGUCUACGGGAAGAGCUGGAUUUUAGUUUCUCCUUGGACCAUUCCACCUUUUGUGAGAACAUUGAGCAGAUCACCUAUGAGAAGCGUGCCGACCACGAGCGCGUCACCGAUGAUGAACUGACUCAGCUUCGGGGAGUGCUAGGUGCGUUGCAAUGGCGCUCACACCAGACAGCACCUCACUUAGCUUCCAGGCUUGGUCAGUUGCAAAGUGAAAUAUCAAAAGCGACGGUUGGUACCCUGAAAGCUGCUAACAGAUUGGUAAGGGAAUGUUUUCAAACCAGACACUUGUCCACUAGAAUCAACCAAUUGGAUGUUUUAGAUCCAAAGGAUGUGUGUUUUGUAGCAUGGUCGGACGCAGCAUUGGCCAAUCGCGUCGACUUUGGCUCUACUGGUGGAUUUCUGGUUGCUGCAGCAAACCCUUGCAUCUUGCGUGGCGAACCUUCUCCUCUUUCUUUGAUCUCAUGGCGCUCUGGCAAGCUGGGUCGAAAAUCACGAUCGUCUUUGUCUGCAGAGGCGCAAGCGCUCUCUGAAGCAGAUCAAGAGCUGAUGUUCGUAAGGCUGGCUUGGAGUGAGUUGUGUGGCAUUGCCGUUGACUUGAGAAAGGCUGAUGAAAGCAUCAGCAAAAUUUCCGGAACAGUAGUCAUAGAUGCAAAAUCUCUUUUUGACGUCCUAGAGAAGCGAGAACUUAAUUCGGCAGCAGUUGGUUUGAAAGAUAAAUACAGUGCUCUGGAAGUGUUAUGUUUGCUGGAGUCAAUAGAGCGACUGAAGACCGGCGUGAGAUGGGUGCAUUCGGACGCCCAAUUGGCUGAUGCCAUGACCAAACCAUUGCCGCCGGGAAUUUUACAUAAGGUCCUCCAUGACGGAAAGUGGACUUUGUGUUACGAUCCCAAUUUCACGAGUGCCAAGAAAUUGAAGGCGAGCCAACCGUGUGAUGCUACGUGGCUGAUCCUUUGCUGCAAAAUCAGUGCUGCAGCGUUGGUGCCUUGGGGACACCGUGGACGUGAAGGACUUGCAGUUGUCCUUGUUUUUACUUGA